AUGCGAGCGCUGGGAGGGGCCGUGCGCGACAGCAUGGAGCGCUCCGAGGCCUACUGCUUCUCGGCGGCCUUCAGCGGCCUCUUCCUGGUCUCCUGCCUGCUCUUCUCUGCGCUCAACCGCCUGCAGCGCGCGCCCUACAUGGACGAGGUCUUGCACGUCCCGCAGGCGCAGGCCUACUGCGAGAGCCGCUUCCAGCAGUGGGACCCAAUGAUCACUACGCUGCCUGGUUUAUACUUGGUGUCGGUUGGAAUGGUGAAACCUGCAGCAUGGCUCUUUGGGUGGUCCGGAAGUAUCGUCUGCUCUACAGGAAUGCUCAGAUUCAUUAAUCUUCUUUUCAGCACUGGGAACUUCUACUUACUAUAUUUGCUUUUUUGCAAGGCAAAUUAUAAAAAGGCUGCUUCUGGGUUCCAGAAGAUCCUAUCAACCUUGACACUGGCAAUAUUUCCACCUCUUUAUUUUUUUACAUUCCUAUAUUAUACUGAUUCAGGGUCAACAUUUUUUACUCUUUUUGCAUAUUUAAUGUGCCUUUAUGGCAAUCAUAAAACUUCUGCCCUGCUUGGAUUCUGUGGCUUUAUGUUUCGUCAGACAAAUAUUGUAUGGACUGUAUUCUGCGGUGGAACCCUUGUUGCACAAAAGCUCAGUGAAGCCUGGAAGGCGGAACAAUUGAAAAACAAAGACCAGAAGGGCUUACCCACGAAGGGAUCCUUUUCAGAACUAAUCAGAGCCUUCAGAUUUCUCCUUGAGUACUUCAUGUCAGUUAGAAACGUAAGCACUCUCAUGCUUUUGACUUGGCCAUACAUCAGCAUGGUGAUGGUGUUUGUAACCUUUGUGGUCCUUAAUGGUGGCAUUGUCGUUGGUGACAGGAGCAGCCAUGAGGCCUGCCUGCAUUUCCCUCAGCUGUUCUACUUCCUUUCUUUUACUCUCUUUUUUUCCUUUCCUUAUCUAGUAACACCUAGCAAAAUUGCCCAGUUUCUUCGUUCUGUGAGGACACAUUUGUUGCAAUACAGCAUCUUCACCAUCAUUGCUUUAUUCCUUGUCUGGAGGUAUACCUAUGCUCAUAAGUAUCUCCUUGCGGAUAACAGACAUUACACGUUUUAUGUGUGGAGAAAAAUCUUUCAAAGACAUGAGCUUGUAAAGUACAUAUUAGUCCCAGUUUAUGCCUUUGCUGGCUGGAGCUUCAUGGAUGCACUGAAGUCAAAAUCUGUUUUCUGGAAUUUAGUCUAUUUUGUGUGUUUGCUUGCAGUCACGGUUCCCCAGAAGCUACUAGAAUUUCGUUACUUCAUUUUACCAUAUGUCAUAUAUAGGCUGAAUAUUCCAGUACCAUCACUUUUUAAACUUUUCCUUGAGUUGACUUUUUAUCUUUUGGUAAAUGCAGUGACCUUCCACUUAUUUUUGAACAAACCAUUUCAAUGGCCAAAUAGUGAGGAACUCCAGAGGUUUAUGUGGUAAUUUUGAUUUUCAGGAAGACCAAAUUUUAGGAUUUUUUUUUCUUCAGCAAGUAAGUGACUGAGUUUAUAAACUCUCAAAGAAAGCUAAAUAUUUGUAAUGUUUUUGUAACUGGGAGAGUGUGAAAUUCGAUGCACUGUCGUUGUAAAUAUUGGACUAUUUUUAUAAGGUAAACAUCCUGGGGAUAAAUAAAUAUAAAAUCAGGGAAAUUUCACCCACACAUCCAAGCGAAUGUGAAUAAAGGAAUUUGUUUACAUCAUACUAGUUAUGUUGCAGGUAACUAAGAUACCUUCUAAGAUAACUUCACUGUGUAUGUGCUUAGCUGCACGCAUCAGGAGUUAGUAAAAAAUGGUGUAGCUGUGACCUAGUUGGUUGAAUUUUGAUGUGAUUUGGUCACCACAAUGUGGCUCUCAGGUAUUAUCUUUGCUGAUGAUAAUAUCUUGCAAGAGUGUCCCUUCCAGGACAAUCUCAGAUUUUACUGCCUGUUGGAAAAUUUAAGCUUUCCAGACAACAUUGAGUCUUAGAUACCAAUACAUGAGGGCUCAUUCACACAAACAGUUCCUUAUGGAGAUAAUAAGUGAAAUACAUCAUGACGACAACUUCAUUGCAGCCAGAAGGAACCUAAGAAACAAGCCUCAGGAUUAUGGUUGUAAUCCUAGACCUACUUACCUGAGAGUGAAUUCGUUGGGAUUUAAUGUUUGAAUAGACACCUGGUGGAUUGUGCUGUAAAAACAGCAUGAGUGGGCGACAGCAAAUUCUCUUACAAGCUGGAGGACAACAUUUAAUUGACAUAUCAUUGACAAAUGUAAUUAACCAGACUGAAAAUCACUUAAAGGACAUGCUGGAUGCCAGACUAUAAUGGAGUAGCAUGUUAAGCACACCGAGUAAAAGGCAGAUUUGCAAAGGCCCAUUGAAAACAAUGAAAACUUGAAAAAAAUGAGUAUUUAACACUAUUCCUGUGCACACUUUCCCAAGAAUGCAAAGGUCUUCUGAGUAAAUGUGCAAAAGUGCAUUACUGAAAAUUGCUCAGUUGUACUCAGUAGGUACAAUAUAAACCAGGUGUCUGUGGUUAAUCGUACAAUCCUAGUCAUGUCUAUUCAGAAGUAAACACUGAGAUCCAAGGCCCUUACUCCCAUGUAAUUGCGUAGGAUUGCAGCUUAAGCCUGCCUUGUUUCAAUAGUUUACUUAAUGUUUGUACAGCUGCAUCUAUUGCAUUUAUUAUAUAAAAUUUUGUGAAUUGGUAUCCAUUGAAAGCAAACAACUGGAAGCAACACUUAAAAACAAAAAUGCCUAAGGGCCAUCAAUUGUUCAGCCUUAAUGAAUUUUCAGAAUGUUGUGGAACAAUCUGCAUUCUUUCUGUGGCCAUUUUUAAUAUCAAAAACACAUCUGUGGCAACUAGAAAAGUGUGGCCUCUCUUUAAAAUAAAAUCUGAGAUUCUCAAAAUUCUAACAGGAGAAACUUUCAGAAUGUGUAGCAUGUGCUAAAAUUAUAAUCAAUUUCCUGCAUUCAUUGGCCAUAAUCCAUAGAGUUAAUAAUGUUUUAGGCUAUAUUGAUUUAAGUGGGAUGAGAUGAACUAGGUUUGGGGGAUUGUGGCCAUUCUCUCACAUUCAGAGAACUGAGGAGGAAUAUUUAGAUGACUUUUUAAAGUCAUGCAAUUAAUGAUACAACUUGAGGUGGCAAAACAAAGGAGCAGUGUUGCCACCUCAAACUGCAUAUUAAAAUACUUGAUGUCAAAGCAUCCAGGACAGUAGUUUGGGGCAAUUGAUAGGUUUCUUGUGUCCCUCUGUUAGGUCAGUACAAGUAGAACUGAUCUUUAUUAUUGCUUAUGUAUAAUCCUAUUAAUAGUUACACUGUGACAUUAUGUUGGUGAUACAAGAAAAAGCUGGGAUACAUUUUGAGGUAAGGAAGGAAGCCAGUUUGGAACAAUGUUAAUCAUUUUUAAAGCUGAGAAUGCAAUGAAUUCAGGGAAAGUAAAUACAGCUUUUGUAGGAGCCAUGUCAAAGGGUUACUCCUGGUUGAGUAAUGGAUUCUUCACAAUGAAGAAGGGGGGAAAAACUUCCCCAAAUGUACAGAUUUGGGCUACAUGGUAAAGAUACAUGAAAUUCAUAAUAUAACAAAUCAUAUUACCUUUAGAGGCUCAUGUUCAGAGUAUAGAGUUUAGGAAUACAGCCUAAAGUUUCUUGUUUAUUUAACAUGAAGCUUGUUGCUUGCAAGAUAUGAGCAUUUUGAAUUAAUACAAAGAGCGUGGGUGGUCUUUUGCAUAAUUUACUGAUUAUGAAACAAGAAGAGGAUUCAGUUGAAAUUCCCUAAUCAAUGCUCUUUGAGAAACAAACAAAACAAUAAUGGCUUGUUUGUUAUUGCUUUUCAGUAGCAUUAAUAGUUAGUAGCAUUAAUCUGCUUUUUGAAAUGAGAAAUCUUACUGGAUUUGAUUAAAGUCCUUAGGAAACAUAGAGUUUAGAACCUCGAAAAGCAAUAUUGUAGUGAUAGCUGUUAUUAUUUCUGUUAACUCUAAAUGCCACAGGGCUUCUUAAAUAAUACAACUUACAGAAGACAACAAACUCCCGGUCCCUCUUACAAUUAUGGACUUUUAAAAUGUACUGUUCCCUGAUAUGCCAGAAAAGUGGCCAUUUGUGUUUAUAGUAAAGUUUUAUUUGUACUUCUGCAGCUUGUUCCCAUUCUAGCUGCCACUAGCAAUACGUGGUGGUGCCGUGAAGGGCCUCCAAGUGAUGUAGGACAUCUUGAUGGAUUCAUGAUGGUGGGGGGUAGGACAGGGUUCCUUUCAAGGGUUCGUUGAGUGCUAACCUUCAAUCUGUUUCACUCAUGCUGGAGCAACUUGAAAGGAAAGUUUGUGUAGUGACUGAGCCUGCCGGUUCCUGGCACCUCGUCAUUCUGCAGGUGUUGCUGGAACCACACUGCCAGCCUCCCAUCUGUUGAAUUUAACUGAUAUGGAUCCCACACUGCAAACUGGGCAGGGUGUGUCUUUUGCAAGUUAAUUUAGGAAGCCUCUUGUAAAACGAGUGCAGCAGUGUACAGUAAAACUGGAGUGCGUGCACAUUUUUUCCUACUUGCUUUAGGAGAUUCCAGGUUCAUUCCUUAGGUGAAUAACAACCUGCAGCUCCCUAGCUAUUUAGUAAGCAGCUGCUUGAGUAGAAAUGCCAAAGAGAGGUAAAAUUUCUUGUAUCUCCAUUCCUAUCCAGAAAUUUUGGCCUGUAUCUCUUAUAUCGGCUGUCUUAUGUGACUGAUGGGAGACAAAAUAUGGUGGGGGUUACAAAAUACCUUGUGUGUAUCUCCAUGCCACAAAGAGCUAUUUAGCCUGGUGUUAGUUAUUCAAGGCACAGGCAGAAGCUAUGUGAGAGAAUGAGAUGUGCUGAGCUUGCUGAGAUUACAUAUGCUAAUUACAAUUCCAUUUUGCCAAGAACUUCACUGUAGCUUAAAACCAUAAAAUUAGAAACUGAUGUGUUAUUAUUUAUUUAAUUUCCAUACCACCCAACAGCCAAAACUCUCUAGGUAGCUCGCAAAAUUUAAGAGCCACAAAUCUCAGAUAAUGAAACAAUACAGCACAUUUAACUGAAAGCACUUAAAACAAUUUCAAGCAUUUAAAAAUAUGUAUGAUGAGAUGCAGGAACUGACAAAAACAAUUUGUCCAAAUGGCCCAUCAUUUGUCAUCAAAUAUUUUGGAAGAUUGUAUGGGAUGCCUUAAGAAAACUAUUUCAAUCCCUAUUUAUUAUCCAAAUCAAAAAUGUGAAUAGUAUAAAUCAGUAGUUUAGAGAGCAGAGCCUUGUUUUCUGAAACAUAAAGUCCGGGAGAUGUUUCUUAAGGAAAAAAGCUUCUACAGCUAUUUCCCUGCCUACUUUUUGUAGCCAGUUUUGUUCAAGCUAUACUGUGACAGUUCCAAUCUUUGGACAUGCCCACAUAAUAAAAAUACCGUUCACUUCUGGCAUCUGUCACUUGUGUUGUACAACAAUAGUGCACCAUAACAUAAGAGGUCUGAUGCAAAAAUGGUCAGUAGGCAACCAUUUCACAACUCCUAGUUAAGAACCAGGAUCUGUUGACCUGUUGUUGCUGGAAGGUUUUUUUUAAAUGUGAAAUGUGACAUUGUUGACUACAUUUCAUAAGAAUGGGCAUUGUUUCUAAGGGCUGGACUGGUGGCUACUGGGUGGAAAUAAGUGAGUAUUCUAAUUUUUGCUACUACCUUUUAAAAAUCCUUGAACAGCAGUAGACAGGUGGCCUGCAUAUGCAUUCGGAAUGUGUUCCUCUUCUAGAGGAUCCAUUUAAAACCACUGAAUGAACAAUUUAAAGAUUUGCAAAGGAAGAACAAACACUUCUUAACUAAAUUUCACAAGGUGGCACUGUUGAGCUAUCUUUUUGAUACAUCUAGUGUAUAUAUGCUAAUUUUAAAGGGCUGUUGGGGUUAAAAUAUUUGAUGUUUAUCACAUUAGUUAUUUCCCCUCCUUGCUAGUACUUUGUAUUUAUCUUAGUUCUGAAGCUGUGUUAACGUUUUUUUAUUGUUUAUUGCAUUUUUAUUGUUCUUAGAAUGGUGUUUGUAGCUUGCAGUCUUUAAAACAGUUUUUUAGUAGAAGGCCAGUUGCAUUACUGGAAAAUUACGAUUUGUGUUUCAGAUAUUUAUUUUACCACUGUGACAGGAAGCGCCUAGUUCUGUUAAGAAGGGGACAGCACAGUAUUGUUCCACUAGAAUGUAAGGCCUUUCUCUAAAAAUAUUAAUUAUUCUUUAAAUUGGGGAUAAAUUGUGUUUUUAAAAUGUGCCCUCAAAGGGCUUGAGCCAUCUGCUAGUUUGACUUUUUAUGUUAAAUGUCACCAACAUUUUCAUGAGAUAUGCAGGGAGGAGGAAGUCUGGUCCACAGAUGAGAUAUGUAUCUCUCUGUCACAUCUCUUUAAUCCUUGUUCUUACAUAACUGCCACCAAACCUGCUUUUCUUUCUCUCAAUAGUUUUGUCUUGCCAACAUAUUGCAGUAGUACAGAUAGCCAUUAUUGAGAAGCAAAGAAGACUAUGCUUCUCUACCAUGAACCUAAGGGAGCAUGUGAUGCUACCCUUUGUCCAGAUCCUGCAGUUCUUCCCCUUUGGUAAAAAGGAGGUGGAGGAGAUUGUGUGAAUUGCACCUGGGUGCUAUGUGGACUUAGUCGUUUUGUACACACACAGGCACCACUGGCAGUGUGAAUAAAUUCCUCCUAGCAUGUGUUGCUCUUCUUGUUCAUUUAUCACACAAAGAAGAAUUAUAGCCAAGCAGAUGGAUGUAGUGGCUCAUGAAUUCCACGCUGUGCAAAUGAAAAAGCUAUAAUGUAUGAAGUCAACCCAUUUAACCAACCCCAUAUCGUUUGUACAAAGAAUGAAAAAGAUGUGUUUCAAAACAAUUUAUUGAAUAUUAAUAUUUAAUAGAGAGGGCCUGUCCUCAUUCGCUUCUCUUGAAUGUACAAAGGGUUGCAUAGGUAAAACUAUACUUUUACUGAAGUGGAGGCGGCAACUUCGGCAGGGGGUGUAUUUCUCCUGAUUUAGGAUGCUGGAUGUGCUUGUGCUUUUCCAUUGUCAUAUGAACUACAAGGCAUUGGACUGCAAGUCAAGGAAGGCUGGGCUGGAGUCAGUCACAGACAUUUUUAUUCAUGCACAUAAGCUGCCUGGUUGCAGAGGGGGUUCUUAACUGGUUGUUGCUGUUUAUUUCUGGUAUUACUGUGUUUUAAUUGUGCUUCAAUGGAUUUGUUUUGUGUGAUAUUUAAUUAAGAUUUUGUUUUUAGUCUGUCUUUUAUUGUUUACCAUCUUGAGCACCAUUUUUGAUGAAAAGGCAGGAUAUAAGUGAAACAAGAAAUAAAUUGGAGACAACUAUCAAAAGAAGGAAUUAAGUAGCUCCAAGAAUAGAAAGGGAGUUUCAAUUAUGAGAGUAAUAUAAAGACAUAUAAUAUAUGAAGUUCAAUGGAAUCACUUUCCAUUAGGGUACAAAAGAAAGCAUCUGCCUGUUCAUUUCCAAUAAAUGUAUUUUUUCCAAUGUUGGGUUCUUGUGUCUAUAAUAUUUGUUACAGUGUAAUUGUGUUUUCCCUUAAAACUUUUGGAGCACCCAGAAUAUUGUGGAUACGGUGGUAUAAUAAAGAUUUUCCCUUAG